AUGGCGGCGAUUAAUCGAGAAGAAGCACGCAACAGAAUUGAGGCUGCAGUAUUGCAGACAUAUGAGGAUCAAAAUCCUCGGACAGACAACCAAGAGCAGGAGGCCGCUCAGAAUCAACCGUUCGUCAGACCACAUCUCAGCGCCGCCGACAAAGCUGUAGCCAUGGUACUGGAAGCCGUGCGUUUGAUAGAAUGGUGGGAAGAGAACGGCGUGCCUAUGAUGCGGAAAAUUAAGUCGAGGGAAGCGACAUCGGCAUCAGUGCUGUAUCAUCGGGGGGUCGAAGUUCCACCUUGUACCCGCUGCGAAAGACUCGGCCCGUUCGCCCGUUGCAUUAUUGCCCCUGUGUAUCGGGAAAAAUCCAUCCAUCGCGCAGCUUGUUCUAACUGCAUCUUUUAUCAUCAUGGAACAUACUGUUCUCACAGGGAGAAAUUCCAGGUGACGACGAAGAAGGACUGGAAUGCUGAGGACACGGAACACGUUUUGGCAGCAGGUGGCCUAAGAGCUGCCCUGCAAGCAGCCGGUCAGACCGGAGUGGAGUUCCUCAGCGCCCAGCCAGCAGACGCCCAGCCAGCAGACGCCCAGCCAGCAGACGCCCAGCCAGAGGACGCCCAGCCAGAAGACGCUCAGCCAGAGGACGCUCAGCCCGCAAUCGCUCAACCAACAGACGAGCAGCCCGCAAUGCCUCAACCCGCAGUGGCCCAGCCUAUGAUGGCACAGUCUAAGAAGGCUAGGACCAACAAGCCCGAGCUCAACAAGACCGACCCCGACAACGACCAGCCCGAGAAGACGCAGCACGAGGAAUAUGAGGCAGAAGCGAGACGAUACAUGUUGCCUGAAGGCUUCGAAAUGGACUUGGCUAACUUCAAUGAGUUUGGUGAGUAUACCCAAGAGCAAGUUGAUCCUGACUUUGGAUGGACUCCACAGCCUCAGGCAUCCAGAAAGGAGAUCCAGGCUAAUCACAUGCCGUCACCUCCAGGUGCCCCGGAGCCGAUUCAACAAUAUCAGAUGCCCACAAUGCAGUCAGACCCGUUCUCCUUGUGCGCCUAUCCUGUCAACGACGAUUACUGGCUGUUUCGAUUGACCCCUGAAACACUUUGUGAGGACCAGGAACCGGGUCAUCGCCCAGGCAGAGAACGCUGGCAUCCCUACCGGGGACACCGUGGAGCUUGAGUUUUUGACUUCUGUGGUGAAGGCAUAAGACGGCUUUGUUGUUGAUCUAUUUCCUGGUCUGAGGUGUUGAUACUCUCCCACGUCAUUGUGGAUAGUGGCGGUGAACUGUGGAACACGGAGUAGGUUGUUGUCUCUUUUUUUUCAUGCCUUUUCAAUCUUUUUUUCCUUUAUUUGUUGUGAUUAUGUGACUGGAAUUAACGAGAGACCAGCACUGGCAAGAGAUGCCGUGCAGAUAAUGAUACAAAAUUUAGAAAUAGGAUGCAUGGGAGAUGAACGUAGAUGCGGGGAGAUGGAUGUAGAGUGAAAGUGAAGGCGAUGAUGGG